AUGACACCCUCCCUCCACCCUCUCAUCGACAACGGCAUCACCAAAGGCACCCCCACCUUCCGCGGCGGCAAUCUGUACUGCAAAUGCCUGAAGGACAGAGUAGCUAUCACACUGGACAGCAACGUCGCACAUAAUCACGCCUGCGGAUGUUCGAAAUGCUGGAAGCCCGCUGGGGCACUAUUCUCCGUGGUUGGGGUGGUUCCGCGAGACGCACUCCGAGUGACAGCCAACGGGAACAAGCUCUCGAUCGUCGAUAAGGAGGCCGUGAUCCAGCGGAAUGCGUGCAGACAAUGUGGGGUGCAUAUGUUCGGACGCAUCGAAACGGAGCAUCCGUUCAAAGGGCUAGAUUUCGUCCACGUGGAAUUGUCGGAUGUGUCAGGUUGGCAAGAGCCACAGUUUGCGGGGUUCGUGUCGUCAAUUAUUGAGCAGGGGUUUGAACCGACGGGGAUGGAUGAGGUGAGGUCGAAGUUCAAAGCGAUGGGAUUGGAGACGUAUGAUGCGUUAUCGCCGGCGUUGAUGGAUGUGAUUGCGACGUAUAUGGGGAAGAAGGCGGGGAGGUUACCUGCUCAUUUGUAG